ACUGGCAGCAGAGCCAGUGCCAGUACAUUGGAUCCGCUUGAUUACAGAUUGCUCCAAACAUCUGAUCAGAUCCCAACGAUCUAAGAUGUCGGGGGCUGUAUUAAGUUGUGAUGCUGGUGCUGAAGUGAAGGAGGACAUCCAACAAGGUCCAGCAAAAGACGACACUCCAGAAAUUACAGGCGAGAAAAGAAAACUUGAAAAUGAUGAAGUGACAACAUCAGUUAAAAGGGAAAAGACCGACGUUGAACCUGAGGCACAAACAGAAGCAACCCCUCUGAAAAGGAAGAAGGUAGCCCUGCUCUUGUCUUACAAUGGGAAAGGAUAUUUUGGUCUUCAGAGACAGAAAACGCUGCCUACAAUAGAAGGAGCCCUGGGGAAAGCACUCCUCAGCGUGGGUGUGAUAACAAAGGAAGACGAGGAUACACCACAAAAGAUUCGAUUCCAGCGAGCUGCAAGGACUGACAAAGGAGUAUCAGCAGCAGGAAACCUUGUCUCCCUUAAGAUGUCUUUGCAUGUGGAGAACUUUUUAGAGGAAAUCAGCAAGGUUUUACCACAACAGAUAAAAGUACAGGCUUGUAUAAGAACAACGAAGGCAUUUGACAGUAAAAAUUUCUGCGAUGGAAGGACCUAUAGCUACCUGACACCAACUUUUGCCUUCGCUCCUCUUAAACUGGCAGUCACAGAAAAAUACAGAGUUCCAGAUGAUACUAUCCAGAGAGUUCGAGAACUUAUAAAGAGAUUUGAGGGAACACAUAACUUCCACAAUUUUACUUCGGGAUUGAAGCCAACAGAAGCCAAGGCUAAACGGUACAUCAUCAGUUUUAAGUGUGGUGAACCGUUUGUACGAGAUGACAUAGAGUUUGUACAGCUCACUGUUCGGGGACAGAGCUUCAUGCUUCAUCAAAUCCGCAAAAUGAUCGGUUUAACUAUGGCCAUUGUGAGGGGCCACUGUGAAGAGGAUGUAAUCAACAAGACUUAUUCCCUUGUCAAGGUAGAUGUUCCGAAGGCUCCAGGAAGCGGUCUCUUGUUGGAGGAGUUGCAUUAUCAGAACUAUAAUAGGAGGUAUGGACACGAUGGCAUGCACCAAUCUCUGGACUGGACCAUUUACAGAGAGGCAAUAGAAAAAUUUAAAGAGGAACAUAUCUACCCAGAAAUGAUCAGGUCUGAAAAAGAGGAGCAUUCCAUGAUGACAUGGCUGACUACCCUAGAGCAGCAUGACUAUGAUGAAAUACCUGCCGAAAAAUUAUUAAACUGGAAAUACAAAGAGAAUAAAGAACACAGUAAAAAUGAGAAAUCUUCAAGUACUGAAAAUCCAGAGACAUCAGAGGUAAAAGACACCAAAAGCUCUUCUACUGAAAAUGAAAAGGAUGUGUCGGACCAAGAACAAACCAAGAAUUCUGUGGAGCUGUCAACCGCAGCCAAGGAUAUGGUUGAGAGAUCAGAAUGUAUGAACGAUAAGAAUACAGAUAACAAGAUGGAGAUCUUAUGAUACGGACUUCAGAAAUUAUCCUAAAAUGUGACAAUAUGGGUCAUAUACAGACUUUCAGAAAUUAUCCUAAAAUGUUACGAUAUAGGUCAUAUACUGACUUUCAAUGGGUCAUAUACAGACUUUCAGAUAUUGUCCUAAAAUGUGAUUUUAUGGAUCAUAAACUGACUCAGAAAUUGUCCUGAAAAUUUGAGGAUUUGGGUCUUAUACCGACUUUCAGAAAUUGUCCUAAAAUGUGAUGUUAUGGGUCAUAAACUGACUCAGAAAUUGUCCUGAAAAUUUGAGGAUUUGGGUCUUAUACCGACUUUCAGAAAUUGUCCUAAAAUGUGAUUUUAUGGAUCAUAUACUGACUCAUACAUUGUCCUGAAAAGGUGAUGAGAUGGAUGAAAUGAAAAAUACCCAUUGCGUUAGUUUGGAGCACUUGUGUUCUAGACUUGUGAGGAUGUUAGAGGCACUCCUGUCUGUCUGUGUACAAGAGAAGUGUAUGCUUCUGGCAGCCUGUUUCUAUUGACUAACAUACUAUAGGUCAUUUACUAGACAUGAGGAAACUGUCCACAGUGAUAUAUAUUGGCCUGUGUGAUUCGUAUUGAAUUGAUAUUACAUGGUGCAAUGUCGCCUGACAACUGUGAUGUCAUAUUAAGACAAUAAAAUCAAUGACUGCAAUCUAAAA